CGCAUGCGCCCCUCACACGUGCUUCUAGAACGCCCCCUCCGCUGCUUGGGCCGGGCCGGCAUCAUGCUGCGAGUUUCUGCCUUGCGGCUGCUGGAACGCAUACUGGGGAGUAGGGUCUCGCUCCUGGACUACACUUGCCUGCGGCUCUACAGUUCGGGCCCUCUCGGUGCCCGCGAGGAUGCUCACGAUGCGCGCGCCUACUUCACGACACCCAUUUUCUAUGUGAACGCCGCGCCGCACAUUGGGCACCUGUACUCCGCGCUCCUGGCGGACGCCCUAUGCCGCCACCGUCGGCUCCAGGUUGCCAGUGCCGCCGCCACGCGAUUCUCCACUGGUACCGACGAGCAUGGCCUGAAGAUUCAGCAGGCAGCAACCGCUGCGGGCCUGACCCCGACGGAGCUGUGCGACCGAGUGUCGGCCCAAUUCCAGCAGCUCUUCCGGGACGCUGACAUCUCCUCCACCGACUUCAUCCGCACCACCGAGGCCCGGCACCGGGUGGCUGUGCAGCACUUCUGGGGAGUGCUGAGGGCUCGGGGUCUGCUCUACAAGGGGCUCUAUGAAGGUUGGUAUUGCGCCUCCGAUGAGUGCUUCCUGCCUGAGACCAAGGUCACCUGGCAGCCGGGCCCGUCGGGGGAUUCAUGUCCUGUAUCUCUCGAAAGCGGGCAUCCUGUCUCUUGGACUAAGGAAGAAAACUACAUUUUCAGACUUUCCCAGUUCCGGGAGCCGCUCCAGCGGUGGCUGCAGGACGACCCUCGGGCGAUCACCCCCGAGCCAUUUCAUCAGGCAGUCCUUCAGUGGCUGGAGGAGGAGCUGCCGGACCUGUCAGUCUCUCGCAGAAGUAGCCACUUGCACUGGGGCAUUCCGGUGCCAGGGGACGAUUCGCAGACAAUCUACGUAUGGCUGGAUGCCUUGGUCAACUACCUAACUGUAAUUGGCUACCCAAAUGCUGAGUUCAAGUCUUGGUGGCCGACCACCUCGCAUAUCAUAGGCAAGGACAUUCUCAAGUUCCAUGCUAUCUAUUGGCCUGCCCUCCUCUUAGGGGCCGGCAUGAGCCCACCACACCGCAUCUAUGUCCAUUCUCACUGGACAGUCUGUGGCCAAAAGAUGUCUAAGAGCUUGGGCAACGUGGUGGAUCCCAGGACUUGUCUCGACCGCUAUACUGUGGAUGGCUUUCGCUACUUUCUCCUUCGUCAGGGUGUCCCCAACUGGGACUGUGAUUACUAUGAUGAAAAGGUGGUUAAGUUGUUAGACUCUGAGCUGGCAGAUGCUUUGGGAGGUCUCUUGAACCGAUGCACUGCCAAUAGAAUAAAUCCUUCUGGGACCUACCCGGUCUUCUGCACUACCUGCUUUCCCAGACAGCCGGGGUUGGUGGGGCCAUCAGUUCGUGCUCAGGCAGAUGACUAUGCUCUGGUGAGUGCAGUGGCCGCUUUGCCCAAGCAGGUAGCAGACCACUAUGCUAACUUUCAGAUCUAUAAGGCUCUAGAGGCAGUGUCCAGCUGUGUUCGGCAAACUAAUGGUUUUGUCCAAAGGCAUGCACCAUGGAAGUUGAAGUGGGAGAGCCCAGUGGAUGCUCCCUGGCUGGGUACUGUGCUUCAUGUGGCCUUGGAAUGUUUGCGAGUCUUUGGAACUUUGCUCCAGCCUGUUACUCCAAGCCUAGCUGACAAGCUGCUAUCUAGGUUGGGGGUCUCUGCCACAGAGAGGGGCCUUGGAGAGCUCUAUUUCUUGCCUCGAUUCUAUGGACAUCCUUGCCCUUUCGAAGGGAGGCGGCUGGGGCCUGAAACUGGGCUCUUGUUUCCACGACUGGACCAGUCCAGGGCCUGGCUGGUGAAAGCCCAUAGGACCUAGAAACUCAGUUCUUACUGACUUGUGGUAAAAAAGCAAAUGAAUGAUUUUCUUAUUUUGCAUUUUCAGGAAAGUUAAUGUUUUCUAAGUCAAAUGAGCACAUAAGUGAUGUUCCUGUGAAAAAAAGAGGCUUGUAAAACUUUUCAGAUGCCUACCAGCUAUUCUUUAGUUCUCUGUGCCCAUUAACCACUGUCCUUUGCACACCAGUGUCUCUAAGAUGUCUCUAGGUGAGAAAUGGGUAAGGGACAUCUUUGCUGAUGCUGUUCCUGCUCACUGCGCUCCUUUCCAAACCACGGUUAUGUUAUUUGUCCAGACUACCUCUUAUGGCUUGUUUUCCAUUGGCCUGGCCUCUGCUGGGCAAAUUAGAAUGGGGAUUGGAGGCCCUUACCUCAGCAUUUAACCUUAUUUUGUUAUAUAUGUUGGCCCUCCUGUUAAAAAGAGGUUAUUUUAGAACACUUUUAAAAAUCAGGGUCUUAGACUGGAUGAUUUUUGCUCAUGUCUAUAUUUUUAGUUCUGAGAACACUGACUCCCUAUACUUAGUUAAUAGUUUGUUGUGCUUUGUAACAUUACGUUUCAACCAGUAGAUGGCUCUAGUCUCAUAUUGAAUUAACAGUGAGGUUUCAGAAUCUUUAGAAUAAAUUAGUUUUCUUUCGAAUUUUGCAGAAUUUAAAGAAAAUUUUUAUUGUUUUUCUUAAAAUUAGGGAUAACUGCAACCACUGCUGUUUUACAGAAAACAAUGAAGAUAAGAAUCCUGGUUUUUUUAGACUACUGAAAAAUGACAUUUACUUAAAUGUUUAGUAAGCUUAUAAGUAAAUUUAUCAAGUUUGGACUAUAAGUUAUAAAGCUCUCCUGAGAGACUUGGUAUGUUAAAAUUUUAAACUUUUAGAACAGAUUUAGAGGUAUGAUUUAAAAAUUCUAGUUCAAAAGGGCAAUUUUUUUUAUAUUAGUCUUAAUUUUGUUAUUCUCAUACAUAAUUUACCAUAUAUGAUUUCUUUUGGUCAAUCAAGGUCUAUGACACAAUAUAGAAAUUGCGGAAUAAUUAUUAUAAAUGUUAAUGCAUUUACUUUUAAGGAGUUUUUACUGAUAAUUUCUUUUGCUCUUUUAAAGUAUUAAAGUUCAAAAGUUUGUAAGUACCUUAUUCAGAUCUAUUUUGUCACAUUUGUUGAAGGCGAUGGUGAAGGGAGGCAAUGAUCAAUGCUUCAAGAAUCUCAAACUAGAUUUAGGGAUCUCUCCAAGGCUCCAUAAAAGAACAUCACAGAAGAUGUUAAGGUAUCAAUUUAUACAAUGAUUACGACACUGUAAGCCAGUGUUAUUAUCUCACAGAUGAUUGGACCACUAGGCCAAAAUUUAAAAUAACUUGCCUUGAAAUAUCCAUUCUGCACUAUGAUCUGAACUAUUGUGCUGCUAGUUCCCCCAGAUUUAUUCUAUGUGCUGCUAUUCAGCUCCAGUCUCUGUUUAUAAUCAGUGUGGUGAGAGAUUUCUGUUUGCUUGGAAACACUGCUUAGGAAAGAACGCGUGAAGGCAUUUUAAAGGUGAAAGGACUGUUUCUACAAAUGUUCCUUUAGACCUUCAUUAUUUUUCAUAAUUGAAUCCUGGGCUUUCCAUAGGAUAUAUUCCAGUUACCUGCUGGGAUGACUAGGGUAGAUUACUGGGGCCUAGGAUGGAAUGUAAUAUCUCCUAGGGCUUACAGAGCAGAAUGGUGAAAAAUGGGAUGUUUACAUGGAUGAAGGAAAACAAGUCUUGGAAAAUCAGCGGAAUGAUAAACUCUGCCUUGGAAGUACCCUUUUAGCAGUCCUACAGUUCCUAUCAUGAAUGGAGAGGCAAGUGUCUUCCAUUUAAGUAAUCUUUCCUAUGGCCUAGUGCUGGUCUACACAGUGAACCUUUGCUUGCUGGAUGUUAAUGGAGUUCCUUUUAUGCAGUCUGUCAUUUGUGUAGGCAUGUAACUGGCUAUCAGAAUAUCUGUGGUGCUGGAGGGCACAAGAAAAUAGGGGAACCAAAGAGGAGAGGGCAUAAUUAUUUUAAAAGACAAGAUAUUUUGAGCGAAGAAGUGUGGUGGGUUUGAUCUGACUUAUUCUGUGGUGAUAUGGAAGAUGAACUAGUUGGAUUCUCUGUAAGAGGUAAAGCAAAUAUCCUUUGGCUACUUGAUAUAUUCAAUUUAAUCCAGCAGUUUAAGAAUGGCAAGUGAAGGAUAGGUAAAACUUAAAACUGAAGGGCAUGCAUUUCCAAGAGAGGGUAUCCUAACCACUUAUGGAAGAUGAUAAACUUAUACAUCUAAGAAUGCCCCUACUGCAGAACUAUUAAUACCCUAUCUGGCAUCUUUGGAUCCCAUUAAAGAAGGAAGUUUCUCCCAAAUACUACCCUUGAAGCUCUUAAAUAUACAUUUUAGGUUAUUCUUGGAGGCAGUGUAGCAGGAGUUUAUGAUAAGAGCACUGGUCAGGUGUUCACAGGAUGUCAUAGUAAUAACAAGAUGUCAACUUGGUAGACUAUAGUCCUAUCUAUGAAGUCAUGCAAGUUGUGGGCAGUAUACAUGUUAAGGGGUACCUCUGUAUUCUGGAGGGCUAUUUCACAAGUGGACGUAUAGAUUAGGCACCUCUGGAGUCAGAAGAUCUCUGACUAUAUAGGGUCAAGAGUAGGCUGGAACAAGAAAUAGAGACAACCUCUGAUUUCACUGAAAUAUCAGUUAUUCUGGAAAUAGGCCUCAUCAUUUUUCUUAAGGACCUGUGUGACUAUAAGAGCCGAGAAGAGCCUGCUAAAUUGAGUAUUAAGUUGAUGCCAAGGUACUUGAGAAGGCCUAGGCUGGAACGUGGGCCUUGAGGCACAGGGCUUUUAAAAUUUUUUUUUCCAUAUUUGUACCUGUGAUUGGGACAUGGCUCUUAAGAGCACAGGUUAGGGGGAUCAGUUCUAGAAGAAAGCCUUUGAGUCCCUAAGACAGAAUAAAAUAUGUCAUUUUAGCACAACACAGCUAGCCCUGCCCCUUCCUCAUAAGAACUUUGGAUAGUGUUGGUUAACUUUUAUCAAUAGUAACUUACCAAAUAUGGAAGUUAAUAUUGCUGGAAGGGCCACAACAGUAACAGCCAAGUUAAUUAAGGUUAAUUAGAGAUUUUAACUUUCUGAGAAGAGUGUCUUUAUUCUUUUUUGAGACAGAGGAUAAAAGAAGCCUGGCCUAAGCUGCUUUCCUCUAUCAGUAACUACUUUGAGCCAAGGGGAAGGGACUAACACAUUCGGAGGUGAAAUUAGCUUAUUCUCUUUAGUGUUUAGUUAGUCCUGGAUCACCCAGUGUAGAGCCUCUGAAUUAAGGAGCCAUCUAAUAGGGAAUUGUUGACCAUAUUUAAAAUACCCUGCUUAAGAUUAUAUCACAUUCAUCAAUUUCUACUUAUAUUUCCUGAUGAGGAAAGGUAAUUGAGAAGAGCUACCCACCCAGUAGAUAUUAGGCCAUAUCUUCCUAUGGCCUAGACAACUAGAAAUAAUAUACUUUCUAUUGUUCCUCUUCUCAUCAAUAGCUAUUGGGAGAUUCAGCCAUACUUGGAUCUUCAGCAAAGUAAGGUGAGGCUGUAGUAUAGUAGUUCCAUCCUUGGCUAUGAACCGAAUUUUACCCCCAUUCACCUUAUGACAUAGUUUAACUCACCACAGAUUUUAAGUCUACAAUUUCUCACUUAAGAACAGGAUGGUAUGAGAUGUCAAGAUGUUUCAGGAAACCAUGUGUGCCAUCUGCAAGAAGAAUAUUAUAGCUCCAAGGAGAGAUGAACUCCACCUUCAAGUCAUUAAGGAUUUUGGGGUAGAACAUUUGCAGAAGGCCUGGGUAGGCUGGAGGGACAGCUCUAGGAAUAACUGUGGAAAUGGACAAUUCCACUUUUCUAACUGUGUGGUAUGGUGAAAAUGACACUAACUUUAUGCUAUUCCACCCUAAGGCUAUGCUUUGUGCAUGUACCCCUCAUUAGUUGACAGUCACUGGUUUGUGGGAUUUAACAUAAAGAUGAAUCUUCAAAAACUAGUUUAUGAUUGACUUAUAGAUGGAAUAAACAUUCUAUUCUCUUAAUACAUUCAAUAAAAUAUGACCAACUAUACUUUUUUUCCUGAUUAUAAUAUUUUUAAAAAGGUAAUAUCUUUUAAUUCAGAACACAAGGUAGUUUCAGUAAUUUGGCAUCCUUUGAACUACUUAGAAGCAUCCAUUGGGUAAAAAACUAUAAAUAUAAAAAAUAUAAAGUUAACAAGCAUGUUACACAUUUUAGGUUAAUCACUAAAAUAAUAAAAAUAGAAUGUAUUUCUUUCAAGUCAGAUGUAAAUAAAUGUUAAAGAAAACUCAACCCAACAGAAGAUAGGAAGGAGAAAAAGAGGGCAAAGAAAAAUGAAAAAUACAGUAAAAGAAAACCCAUAAUAAGAUGGAAGAAAUAAAUACAAAUGUAUAAUUGUAAUAUAAUAAUAAAUCAUAGGAUGAACCUUCUCUCAAAAGACAGCAAUGUUCAAGCUGAAAUUUAAAAAGUUAGCUAUAUGUAGUUAAAAGGUAUAUACUUUAAAUAUGACAUGAAACACUAGGCAUAUAUUAAACCAAAAGAAAGCUGGUAUCUUAAUAGACUAUAUUGAAGGGAAAACCAUUACUAAAGAUCAACUGAGACAAAAGGAAUAAUGUACCAACAAAUUAUAAGAAUGAUGAGCUUGUAUAUCUAAUAAUAGCCUCAAAAUGUAAAAAGCUAAAAUUAAAAAUGACAAGAAAUGUUCAAGUCUGCAAAAAAAAAAAAAGGAAACUGCCUUUCAUGAGUUCAGAGAAACCAUGCAAUGAGAAAGUAAAACUAUAACUUAUAUUAGACAUUAGCACUUCCAGCUUUAAUGUUCACUACCAAGGGGAUCAUCACUGCUAAGUGUGAAAAAAAUAAUUUUAUUGCAGGCAAGAUUUUGUGACUAAAAUUUUUUCUUUUUUCCAUGCAUGCCUCUGUGAAAAUAACUUGUUUUUUGAAUAGAAAUGUCAGCAAAUAUACUACCUGUUCAGUAAAUCCUCACUAUGGAUUAUUAAAAAGGGAGAAUCUCAUGGCCAUACUUUUGCUAAAUUUUCUAACUGUUACUUUAGUAAUAAGCGAAGGUGAAGGGAGGGAACCAACACUUCUAUGUUCUCUCAUUUACUUUUCCCAUCAAUUCUGUGAAGUAUUAUUCCUUCUCUGUUUGAUGAGAAACUGAGGCACAGAGAUUAACUUGAUUAAGGUUAUACAUCUUAUAAAACAGGAGAGCCUACUUAUCUCCAUGUCAGAAUGUCAGCACCAUCCUUAGCACCAACACCAUAAUCAAUCAGUGAGAAUAUACUGAAGACGCUUAGUACCAACACCAUAAUCAAUCAGUGAGAAUAUACUGAAGGCGCUGUAUUGUGGGGAGGAGGAAGCAGUACAAUCAGAUCCAAAGACCUGAAAAUGCAAAGUCUAAAUAAGGACCCUUAAUUGAAAUACAUCAAUGAGUGUUUCAAGAUGAAGAAUUAGUUCUUGAAACUAGAUUAUGAAACAGAUAUUCUUUAGCUUUCAAGAGUUUCCUUUAUUAUCUGCUUGUAUGUGCUUGUGUAAAUUAAAAAAUAUAAUAAUUGUA